AUGAGGAGGCGUACCCAAACGGGAAAUAGCUGCGUCACGAGUGCGUUUCAAGGAAUUGCGAGGCAGCUGAGCAAGAAGCCCUGUACAAGCACAAACACAAACCUAAACUUUUGUGUUACACAGACGCGUGGGCGCCAGUGUGUCUGCAGAGGGUCCCUGUUAACAUCUCGUGUUAUCUUCUCUUCCACGAUGCGGCCACUCUAUUACUUCACUUUUUCCUUACUGUGCAGCCUUUCUUUGCUCUCCUCUGGGAUCACCCUUAAGUGUAACGAUAUGCAAUAUCCUUGGCCGUUACAACAUUCCAAAUUUUGCUGUGACAAGUGUCCACCAGGUCAAUAUAUGGUUCGACGUCCAGAGGACAAAUGUGGAACUCAGUGUGAACCUUGCAUAGGUGACCGCUUCAUCCAUACUUACAACGUGGAACAGGACUGCAGUGUUUGUGACACAUGCAGUAAACUCUACAUGGAGCUUAAGUCCAGCUGCAAUGCCACCCACAACACCCAAUGCAAGUGUAAAGCUGGAUUUAAAUGCAGUGAUGAAUCCUGCACAAAUUGUGAGCCGAUGCCAACCACUAUCAAACCCAUCCUCCCUCCAUCCACUACAGCCUCAAAAAUAGGAAACCUCACCACACCCAAGCCAACCCCUGAACCAGUUAAAGAUUCGGUGUGGUUCCUGGUGAUAGUUGCUCUUCUGUGUUUAGGAAUUGCACUUGUCAUGGUGACUAAAAUCAAACCAUUUCUGUUCUGGAUCAGAUUCAAUCAUGGAUACUUUUUGACUGAAAAGUGUGCAGAAGCCCCAUGUGCAGAAGUUGUGUCCCAACCGGUCCAGGAGGUGUGUGGGAAAUGUGAUCAACGUAUUGACGUGUGAAAGACUAAAACCUGAACAUGGAUUUUAUCAGCUUGAAAGGACAUGAAGUUACACAAAGCAUAUGCAAAACAUGUGUAAUUGUUUUGGGUUUAAAAAAAGACAGUAAAAUUCCUCUAGUCCAUUUUGAUGAAGAGGACAACAGAGGCAGAGUUCAAGACUAAUUAUGUUUACCAGAAGGAAGGAGACGGUUUGAUAUCUAUGUCAUCAUGAUGGCAAAACUGUAUAAAAACAGACAAAUCUCUGUAGGAGGACACUGUGGAACAGUUAUGUGGGUUGUUCAUCCUGUGGCUGAAAAUUAUUAUGUGCUAUGACACAUAAUGUCAAAAUAAUGAUGUUAUUUAAUAUAGUAUCAGGCAAAAGUUUGGACACACUUUCCCAUUAAAUCUAAUGGGAAAAUGUCUCCAAAGGUUUGACUUGUACUAUAUAUAUGCGUGUGUGUAAAUAUAUAUAUGUAAAACCUAACCAAGUUUUGUGUGUUUAGCUAAGGCUUAGUGGAUCUUUUGGUUUAAAGUCAUAAUAAUGUGGCAUGAUUCUCAUUUGUUUUUAAUGCCUAACCUGUAAAGCCAUUGACACCUCUUUUUCACAACUUUCUGGCAAGUUGUAGUCACAAUUUGUUCCACUACAGUUAUUUUUAUGUCCAGUUGCAUAAAACAGUAUUUUCAAUAUAUCAGUGAGCAUGAAAAAAUAAGAGUCACGUUAUACUGCAAGACUUGGGUGUUGUUUCCACUGAUCAACCAUAACAGGAACCACUUAUGAUGAAGUGAAAAGUACAGCUCAUCUUGUUAAAUAAUGUCUUGCUGAGAAAACCUAAAUCCUGGCAUUGACAUGGUUAUUACAUUGAUAGUUGCUUCCUACCAAAACAUUUUUACAGACCAGAAACCAGGAUCUUGUCAAGGUGUGCUCCAACUGUAGGGGGAGCACAGCCACCCUAGGAAUGUCUAUGACAGGUUAUGGGAGAGCCUGGCAAAGCCUUUUAUUAAAGAGGUGAAAUAAGAUUUUCAUCUUGGUUAUGGAACACUGGACCAGAUGUUAAACACACAAGGACAGUGGGGGGCGGGAAGUUGCACAAUAACUCUUUUGUGUGUGUUCUGUGCAGUUUGCUAAGCUUAUAAAUGCAUUUUUUUUUCUUGUUCUUUUCAUUUGUUUGUUGGCUUCCUUUUUUGGUGAAUGAUGUGGUACUGAUGUUGGAUGAUGUUGACUUCAUCAAACAGAGACCAAGUGUGAAGGACUUGGAGUAAAGCUGCUAUUCUUUUGCAUCGAAAGGAACCAGUUGAGAUAGACUGGACACCAAGUCAGGAAGCCUUCUCUUUUCCAGGAGAACAGUUUCUGCUAUGCCAUACUGGAAGGAGUCAGAGCUGAUUCAAGACUCAUUGGCUUGGAAAUUACUUGGUGUCCUUUCAAAUGACCUACAGAUGAUGGCUGGGUGGCUGAGUAGAGGAAGGUCUAGGAUCUCUGUUUAGUCUGUGGUCCCCACAACCAAUUUUUGGAUAAGCAAUAGAAAAUAGAUGAAAGGGUCUAAUUUUAUGGCUGAUCGGUGUACUUAUGCAUAUAUGUAUAUACUGUAUAUGUAUGUGAGUCUCUAGCCAACUCUUUCAAUAUUAAUGGGUCAAUUCCAAAUGUCCAACUGUCCAGGUUGUAUGUAUUUAUGUAUGUAUAUAUUUUUGUAUACAUAUGUAAAUGUAUUUGAAUAGGUUUUCAGCUGCUGUUAUAAAUAUCAAAUUUGAAUAUUUUGUAAUAAUUUACAUUUAUUUCAACUAAGUUUUCUUUAUUCAAAAUAAAAAAAAUCAUUUAAC